AUGGCGCCAAUGAAAACCAAUCAAAGUAACAGUAGUAGUAGUAACUACGGCGAGGUCGUGGCCCGUCAGGUCAAUGUCCUCGCCAGUUGCUACCUCGUCGACCCUACCGCCUCCCUGAAGGGACUGCACUACUGCACUACGGGGGCUGCAGGUGAUGGUAUUCCUGAGGUCCCCAUCUCAGGCCUACCCUCUCCCCCGUCAAGCCCCCCCCUCGCGGCCAUCACCUCCUCCAACGAGCUCGCGCUCCAGCCCAGAAGCUCCAAGAAGCGCAGCUCUAGCUACAGCGCGCCCUACAGCCGCAGCCGCCGAGGGGGGGCAACACUUCAGAUCAGGGAAGAAUGUGAGAGAUUCUUCUGCGAGACCAUGAAAGCCGUGUUCCAGGUUGAGUGGAACACGCCUAAUAAUGGCUCCCUCCUGGCUGGUGUUAAUUGCGCGCUCACGCCACCCGAUGACUAUACGAAAACAUCUGAGCUCUCCUUCUCCGGUAACACCAUCGACGCCUCCGUCCGAGCUAAUGGAUGGAUGGAGUUUUGGGAUUACGCUGGGGGUGCCAGCUUCCGGGCCUUCACGGCUGAAGGCGACGGCCAGAAGUCGCUAUUUGCCUUCUUCGACAGCGGGCUUGUUGGUCGUGAUCUGAAACAAGCACUCAUUGCCUUGAUCGAAUUGGCCGAUGUCCCGAUGGGAUGCUCCUAUAUCGUGAUCUGCGUGGACCGUUCGAUGCCACACAACUACGCAAAAUCAUUAAUGCGAAGUCUUCAGUGGGUCGGGUUUGACUUGGUCACCCUCGACCACUGGGCUAGAGAUGUCGACGUCACCAGCGACAAAUGGUUGUUCAUGGGGAUGGAAAUCUAA